CGACUCCGCCCGCCUCCCCACUCACUAGGAUCUGAUACUCCGCGCCGCCCAGACACCUCUAUUCCCGUCACUACCACCGGCCUCCCCUCGCUCCUGGGCAACGGUGCCCUCAACUGCGGCUCACUGUCAUGGACGCUCUAUUAGAAGCAAAUGGCACCUUUGCAUUAAACCUUUUGAAAAAGCUAGGGGAAAACAACUCGAACAACAUAUUUUUUUCACCCAUGAGCAUGUCGUCAGCCUUGGCCAUGGUCUUCAUGGGAGCGAAGGGAAACACUGCAGCCCAGAUGUCUCAGGCACUCUCUUUUAGUAAAAUUGGAGGUGAAGAUGGAGAUGUUCACCAAGGUUUUCAGUCACUUCUUGCUGAAAUUAACAGAACUGGUACUCAGUACUUGCUUAAAACUGCUAACAGGCUCUUCGGAGAAAAGUCUUAUGACUUCCACACAUGUUUUACAGAUUCCUGUGGCAAAUUCUACCAAGCAAAGCUAAAACAGCUUGAUUUCCUGAAUGAUACAGAGAAGUCCAGAACACACAUAAAUAACUGGAUUGCUGAAAAAACUGAAGGUAAAAUUACAGAGCUGCUCUCUCCAGAUUCAGUUAAUUCAUUGACUAAGCUGAUUCUCGUGAAUGCCAUCUACUUCAAAGGAAACUGGGAAAGUCAGUUUGUGAAAGAGAUGACCAGGGAAAUGCCUUUUAAAAUUAGCAAGAACAAAGAAAAACCUGUGCAAAUGAUGUUUAAGGAAUCCAUCUUUAAAAUGACCUAUGUAAGGAAAAUAUCCAGCCAAAUUCUAGUGCUUCCCUAUGUUGGAAAGGAACUGAAUAUGAUCAUUUUGCUUCCCAAUGAAAACACUGAUUUGAAAAUGGUGGAGAAAGAACUUUCUUAUGAGAGAUUCAUAGAGUGGACAAACCCAGACAAGAUGCAUGAACGAGAGAUGGAAGUUUUCCUUCCUAGAUUUAAACUAGAGGAAACUUACAACAUGGAGGAUGUCCUUCGCAGUAUGGGCAUGGCCGAUGCCUUUGAACAGGACAGGGCAGACUUCUCAGGAAUGUCGUCUAAGAAGGAUCUGUACUUGUCCAAGGUCAUGCACAAGUCCUUUGUGGAGGUCAAUGAGGAAGGUACAGAAGCAGCAGCAGCUACCACCGUAGAAAUAGUUUUUUGUUGUGCCAGUUACUCCCUCAGGUUCUGUGCAGACCAUCCCUUCCUUUUCUUCAUCCAGCACAGCAAAACCAAUGGUAUUCUCUUCUGUGGCCGGUUUUCGUCUCCAUAAGGACACAGGUAGUCAUUGGAUAUAGUCCUUCUCUUUUCUCUUAGUGACCUACAUUUCCUCCACUCUUCACAGCGUGCCUGUGACCCAAAGUGACCUUAUUAUUGCAGCAGUCAAAAAUGAGAUGUUAGGAAUGUAAUUUGGAAAUUCCUUGUUGAGAACCCUUGUGUGUGUGUUUGCAUGUUAAAUGUUUUCUAGGGUCUGAACUUGAUUGUCUCCAAGGAUUUUGUGGUCACUUUGCAGGUGGUAUCAAUGACCACUUAGUCAAACCCCUCUGCUUGAAAUGAGGUGUUACCCUCUCCCCACUGCCCACACCAACAUAUUCCAACUGUCAGAGUUAUCUGCUGUCUCUUCACUUUGUAUAUGGUGCCACCCUCACAGUCUGCUAUGCUUCUGUUUUCCCAAACACAAGAAGAUAUAUGUUAUUUUCUGUCUUCAAUAGUAUUGACAAAUGGGCCCAUUUUUAAUGGAACAAUAGAAAGUGAAAUGGAGACUGGGGAGGAAGUAUGGUGAGCAGGAUUCUGCAAUUCUCAGAAGUGACCCAGCAUGGUGGUUCACACUUGUAACCAGCACUUUGGGAGGCCAAGAUGGGCGGAUCAUCUGAGGCCAGGAGUUUGAGACCAGCCCGGCCAACAUGGUGAAACCCUGUCUCUACUAAAAAUACA